AUGGUAAUGCUAUUCAAGUGCUGUUUCGGACCCACGCCUGAGAGCAUCAAUAAUUGCGGUGUUAUCUGGAUAUGGGUUCGGGUCUAUAAACAUAGUACCCGUUCCCGACCUCAGGCCCGACGAGUUAAUAAACAGUUGCGAUUGCGUAUAUCCGACUUGAAUGGGUCCGUGAGUUCCGUGAUAUCCGGGAUUAUUAGCCACAAUCAGGGGAUCGGUAUUAUUCUGCCACUCCCUGAACACCGGCAACACAUCCCUAUAACUCCAACCGACGGCGCCGUAAGUCUGCCGCCAUUUAACGAUCCGCCCGCCUCUAAUAAUAACACCAUGUUUGUUGGCCACAACCGCACCGGCAGUUCCGGCGCCGACAACAAUGAAGUCAUAACUGCUUUGCCAUUGAGUUCGGGAACACGUGUUGUCGUGAAUGAGCUGUCGUUGGGCUGNGAAGUCAUAACUGCUUUGCCAUUGAGUUCGGGAACACGUGUUGUCGUGAAUGAGCUGUCGUUGGGCUUCACCCUAAAUAUCAACACAUGUGUGACAAAACUACAAGAAUUACUAUUGAGGUUGGGAUCGGAUGACCCGCUCGACCGGUUCGACUGCGGUCGAGUGCUGGACAAACAGUGCGAGUGGUCUAUAGACUAG